ACGCGCAUACACACGUGCACGUUGUCGGAAUCGAUACAGCAGAUCAUCCCGGUCUCCCACCGACAUCACCUCUCAUCUGUUUGCAAAAUGUUCAAGAAAAUACCAUUGUUCAAUAAGAGAAAACCUGGGGACAGGACACCGCAGGCUUCUGACCAGGCCUCAGUCACGUCUCAAUGGGUUGCGCCAGAGUCCGAGCCCUCGACCGACAAAAUCCUUCAACGGAAAAUCAUUGAGGCGUUGAAAAUGCCAAGCUUUACAGGAAGCGAGGUGUUACAAAUGAAAGGCGAUGAGGCCCAGCGAGCCUUUAGGGUCAUGAAGCAGCUUGUCGAUGAUCCCGCAUUCUGGAAAUCAGCAAUACGAAAGCACCCUGAUAUCGACCGCUGGCUGGUUCCGCCGCUCAUGGUUAAACUAGCACAAGAGUCCGGACAAUUACCAGAUGCCAUCCGUGUGGAGGUGGAAUCUGCGGAAUCUGAUUGUAUCGCCGAUGGUGGCUUUGGUGAGGUUUAUCUUGGAAAGUACAAGGGAAGGAAGGUCGCGAUUAAACGUCUACGUGUGUAUCGGAGCAUGUCAGCUGAGGAACGAGCUCAGGUUGCAUGGGACAUAUCCCGCGAAUCUCUCAUGCUCCACCAUCUUCAUCACCCGAGUCUUUUGGAGUUCAUUGGAAUUGAUCUCAGUCAUUCUUUACGGCCAGGAUUGGUUACACCCUGGAUGGAUUAUGGAUCUAUCAUGAACUAUAUGGAUAAUAUGCAGAUAGACCCUCCAGCUCAUCAGAAGGACAAAUGGCUUCAAGAGAUUGCACAUGGAGUACAAUAUCUCCAUGAAGCAACUGUAGUGCAUGGUGAUCUCAAAGGUGCCAAUGUUCUUGUAGCAGAGAAUGGCCAGAUGAAGAUAUCAGAUUUUGGUCUGACUGUCUUUGAAGGAGACUGGAGCAAGGAAUUUGGCUCUCAGCAUGGAGGCAAUGUGCAUUGGACAGCACCAGAAAAUAUGUGGAUUCAUACAGGACAAUAUCAGAGACCUACUUAUGCCAGUGAUAUUUAUUCAUUUGCAAUGGUAUGCAUAGAGGUCUAUACAAGAAUGAGGCCAUUUCAAGCUAUCAAGACAAACAAUCAGAGAAAUCUUGCUGCUUUGAUUAAUAGUGGCAAAAGACCUAGCAUACCUCACCAGAUGUCAAAGGAGCUUUCCUCCCAUCUAGUCACUUGGUGGCACGGCUCUCCACAACAAAGACCACCAAUACAGUACAUUGUGGAGUUUUUCAAUUAUCCUACAAAACUUGCACAAGAGCAGAUGAGAUUGGAGAGCUCAGCUGUUUUGCCAACAAUAACUCAGAAGCAGAAUUUUGCCCAGGAGUUAGUGAAUCUUCUUUGCAAGAUCUUCAACAAGGAUGCAGAAUUUCUGGCACUGUGUUCAAGGAUUCAACCAUCAGCACCUUCUAUUAGGUAUCCAAAUUGCCCACUUCAUAUUAUCAUUGAUGAAGCAGCCCUUAUUGCAGGUCUCUAUAAAAUCUGCAAUGGCAAUAUGAAUCUGGCUGCCCAAUUCUCUUAUCCUACACUUCAGUUUAUUCUAGAACGAGGCCGCACAGUAACAAGCCGUCUCUUGUUUACUGCUUUAGAGAAGAUGACCUCUCAAUCCACUCUUCCACUUCAAAAUCUUGGCUAUAAUCUGGUACCUAGCUCUCAUGAUCACACCAAGAGAACUGAUGUCUGUAUUGCAAAGUUACAGAAUGAGAUUUGCAAUAUCUCAUCAUAUGGCAUUCUGGUCUUUUUUGCUGGUGGUGAAGAGAGUUGGCUAGAUGAUUCAAAGUUUGCCAAGUACCUUCAUUUUGCUUCUCAGAAUGGUUGGCAAGUGGAAGUUUUUGCUUGGAAUAACACUAUGACUGAAAAAAUGGCCUGGUAUGAUGCUAUACCUGGAGCUAAUGGUCCCAAUUCUAGUUGUAUUAUCUUUCUGGAGACAUUCUACACAAGUUUGUUUUCUUUUUAGCACAAUGCAUGUACAUAUAUUCUCCCAUUGCUGUGAAAGUCCUGUGAACUACUUGUUAUUUACAAUGUCAGAAAAGUCAGAUACUAAUCCAUGAAAUCUCUCUCUGCCUCUCAUGGAGGAUAUGGCCAAAUCAACAAUAUCUGUUCUU